ACGCGCGCUGGCCUGUACUUGGGUCGGUAUCGGUCUAUCUCACCCAAAGAAAUCCUAACCUAGUCGCAUCCUGCCUGCAGCGCUGCUUCUACAAAGAGCUCAAUUGCCCCACGUCGCGAUGGACGACCGAACUACAUCUCGUGUGCGCACACCACCUCUUCCACACUCUCCGCGACGACAUUCUCUCCCUCCUCUCCCUCCUCUCCCUCCUCUCUGCCUCCCCGUCAAGAAGUAGUAGUGUCCCUCCCCACCCCCAUCCAUCGCCAUGGCGAUCUUUGGGAGCGAGAAGCGAAGCUCCUCCAACGAGCAUUCGCCCGCCCGCGACGAUGAAAAGGGAGUCUACGCCUACGAGCACCCGGCCGUGCCAGAGGUGGGCACCACGGAAGAUGCGAGCCACAGCUUGCACCGUGGUCUGCAGGCCCGUCAGGUCUCUAUGAUUGCCAUUGGAGGUGCCAUUGGUACGGGUCUCAUUAUUGGAACGGGAACAGCGCUGGCCAACACCGGUCCCGCCCCCAUUCUCAUCUCCUACUCCAUCAUCGGUCUCCUCGUCUACGUGGUCAUGGCUGCUUUGGGCGAGAUGGCCACCUGGCUCCCCGCUGCUGGUGGUUUCGCCGUUUAUGCCGACCGAUUCGUCGACCCUGCCCUUGGUUUCUCGCUUGGAUACACGUAUUGGUUCAAAUACAUCAUCACCACUCCCAAUCAACUGACUGCUGCUGCAUUGGUCAUUCAAUACUGGAUCUCUGCCGAACGAGUGAAUCCGGGUGUCUGGAUCACCAUCUUCCUCGUCAUCAUCGUGACCAUUAACUUUCUCGGCAUCAAGUAUUUCGGCGAGCUGGAGUUCUGGCUUUCUUCCGUCAAGGUCGUUGUCAUUCUCGGACUCAUCCUCUUCAGUUUGAUCAUGGCAUGCGGAGGCGUCGAUGGCGAUGUCCGAGGUUUCCAGUACUGGAGCGACCCCGGCGCGUUCAAACCCUACAAGUUUGAGGGAGCAACGGGUCGAUUCGCUGCCGUAUGGCAGAGUAUGGUCACUGCCGUCUUUGCCUACCUCGGAACGGAACUGGUCGGUGUCACAGUCGGAGAGGCGCAAAACCCACGCCGCAACAUCCCUCGUGCCAUCAAGCUGACCUUCUGGCGUAUCUGUGUCUUCUACAUCCUCUCGGUCCUGUUCCUGGGCAUGAUUGUUCCAUACGACAGCCCGCAACUGGCCCUGGCCGCCAAGUCCUCCACCUCCGCCGCUGCCUCGCCUUUCGUUGCCGCGAUCAAAUUGGCUGGUGUUCCCGCCCUGCCAGCCAUUCUCAAUGCUUGCAUCUUGAUCUUCGUCUUCAGCGCCUCCAACUCCGAUCUGUACAUUGCCUCGAGAACACUCCACGGAUUGGCCAUCAAGAAGCAUGCGCCCGAAAUCUUUGCCCGAACCAACAAAAAGGGAGUUCCCUUUUAUGCUCUGGGUCUGUCUGCUGCAAUCGGCUGCAUCGCAUACAUGAACGUCUCGACAUCUUCCAAGACAGUCUUUGGCUACUUUGUCAAUCUCGUGUCCAUCUUCGGACUCCUGACCUGGUGUUCCAUUCUCGUCUCCCACAUUUACUUCGUCAAGGCCCGACGAGCGCAAGGUGUACCCGAUGAUAGCCCUCUGCUCAAGUACCGAUCCCCAUUCGGCCUGUGGGGCAGCUAUGGCGCUCUUGCAUUCUGCUCCCUGAUUGCACUGACCAAGAACUUCACCGUCUUCAUCCCCAGCCCGGAGACAUAUGGAGACUUUGACUACAAGAACUUUAUCACUGGUUACCUCGGUAUCCCUCUCUACCUCAUCAUGAUUGUAGGCUGGAAAUACAUCAAAGGAACCCAUCAAGUCAAGCCCGAAGAGGCAGAUCUCUGGACCGGCAAAGAUGCUAUUGAUGCCGAUGAGGCAGAAUGGCUCGCAAAGGAGGAGGCGGAUCGUGCUGCGGGCAGAAAUGGCAACUGGAUAUACAAUCACUCUGUGGGAUACAUCUUCUAAAAAAAGGAGAGUGUGUGUGUUUGUAUGAGAGAGAGAUAUAUAGAGAGAGAAAUGUAUAGAAAGAGAGAGAGUGUGUGAAAAGCUAGAUGAAGCAUUUCUUCUUUUUCC